AUGAGUCGAAAUCAUAGAAGUGAACCAAAUGCUAGGACGCCACCCGGAGGUGGACCACAGACACAGCGCCCUAGCUCUGUAGCAAUGCGAGGGCUGCCGUAUCAAGAACGGGUUACAGAAGUGAACAGGAGCAAUGAUCGGAUUAUGUGGGUGCGGCUGGCGCUAGAGGAAUUUUCAGUAAAUAUUUGCAGUGUAUAUGCACUGCAAACAGGAUGUACAAAAGAGGAAAAGGAACAAUUUUGGACUGCUCUGCAAGAAGAAAUGGAAAAGAAUGAUGAAAGUGAAAGAUGCAUAAUUGGAGGGGGCAUGAAUAGACAUAUUGGAAGUGGAUAUGAUGCAAAUAACCGGAUACAUGGGGGAAAUGUGUAUGGAGAUGGAAAUGAGGAUGGAAAGAAGAUAUUUGACUUUGCUUUGUCCCUGGAUAUGUUGGUAGCCGUUGACCUCGCCAUUGCUGUGACACGAAGGCAGAAGUUUGGAAGGCGCUAG